CACUGCCCGUUCUCAUAGUGCAAUGAAAUAGACAACCUAUCGGGAUACAGAAGCUCACAGGUGGAAACCACACACUAACUAACAGGGGCUCGCCUUUACCUGCCCAAACCCUUUGGCUUUUGGUUGAUUUAAACAGAACUUAAACCAGCAUCUUAUUCUGCGAGCCUGGUUGGCCCGAGGGCACGUCAAUCAAACUGGAUCUGGUCAAGUGAGUAAAGUUUCAGCAAAAGGAGGAAGUUCGAUAGUUGCAGUAAAGGGUAGUACGGUUUACAUCAUGCAAUGCAAGGGUUUUAAUCACUGUUGCGAUUGAAUAUAUUGUGUCACAAACAGCAAUCUCUGUAUAAGAAACGCUGCGCUUUUUAACCCGUGCUGAUCAAGUUAAAUUAGCUCACUCCGAGAGUCGCGAUGGAGGAUCAAGACGCACCCGCUUUGGCGUUUGAAAAGGACGCUUUUGAACUGACAGUGGAAGAUGUCUAUGACAUUUCCUAUGUGAUCGGAAGGGAUCUGCUCAAAAUUAGCAGUGGGGGCAAAUAUGUUUCUGACCUGCAGUUUAAAAUUGUCCGGGUGCUGGAGGUGUUUGAAGCUUUAGUGAACCAGUCCAAUCUGUCGCUGGAGGAGCUCAAAAUGGAGAGAGACAAUCUGAAAAGUGAGGUGGAAAGGCUGCUCGGAGACCGAUCGAGUGACCCGCAGGGCACGCAAGCUUUUGGAACAAACAAGCUGGUGAUUGACCUGAAAGACCCAAAUCGCCCCCGCUUCACCCUGCAGGAACUGAAAGACGUGCUGCAGGAGCGCAACCAGCUCAAAGCGCAGCUGCUGGUCGCGCAGGAGGAGCUGCAGCUGUACAAGAGCGGGAUCCUCCCUCAAAGUGAGCAGCAGGCAGUGGAAGAGGAAAGGGCUGCCAGCACUGCAAGCAACACUAAAGAAGAGAAGACUGCAAUAAGAAAGCUGUUUUCUUUCAGUAGAAAAUAACCAAAUGAAUGAACACUACAGAAUUAAUUCAAACACACUUCAGGAACCACCUGCAUUACUGAAAAAGGGUUUGAGUGUUUUUAUAUCUGCAGAUGAGCAGCGUGUGUAUUGUUUUGACAGUAUUUUAUUAACAUGUCUUAUAAUGUAGACCAAGCAGCAGACCAGGGUUACUAUAACAUGAAUUUAAAGCAAAUCAGAGUUGUGCCUUUCAUCCAUAAUGUAUUGCAUUAAAAUAUCUGCCAGUUCACUUAAACAAAUACAAUUGAUGCUUUGCCCUGAAAAUAUAAAUGUAAUGAAAUUUUUAUUUUUUUAACAGUGUAUUUUUUACAUUCUUUAAAUAGUAUUUUGAAAGAUCAUUAAUGCUUUUCUUAAACUGCCAUAUAAGGAAGGGGAUGAAGAACCACACCUUUUUUAUAAAGUUGUGUUAAGUUGUUCUAAAAUGUCUGUUGAGGAGAUAAUCUAUAAUGUUUCGGUACGCCUAGCUUGGGUGUUUCAAGUCUAUUAGCACGUACUCCCUGCAUUUUGUUUAAUUAUGUGCUUAAACUCGCAACACGUACUAUUUUUUAUGUUUUCUUGUACGGAUGCUUGUGACUCUUACAAUUUGGGAAUGAUUUGAGAAAUUGUAUACUUCCAUUAACUUGCUAUUGGUAUGCCUAGUCUAAUCAUUGCCGAUCACACAUUGGUACAACAGUAUGAAUCACUAAAGGAACAAAGUGGAUACAGCAGCUUGUGAAAGCCCUGUGCCUUUUAGUAACAUAAAUAGUGGGUUAGCUGCAAGCCCUAGAUUAUUGCUUAUGAAAAUAAACCAAACUCCAAAUAUUUCCACUCCAUAAUGGUACCAUUACUUUCCCAAUGACUGUAUUUGGAAAGGCAGAAGUCUAGUGUUAGUACUUCAAACAUCCUUUAUACUGUUCUUGGGGAGUUAACUACAGUAUGACAUUGUAUAAUUACAGUAUCUCCCUAUUUUUGUUAUUUGUAUCGUUUUGUGGUACAUACAUAUUGUAGUUCUGCUUACAGUAGAAAUUUGUCACACUAUACAUUUGUUACAAAACAGACCUUGUAAGUUUCUGGUAUAUUUCUUUAAAUGAGCCAAUUAACACCUUGUCGUUUCCUGCACUGUUAUGUUGAUCAUCAAUUAGCAGGGUCACAUUCAAAUUUAGGGUUGUAUGUUGCAACCGACUGUCAGUUUAAAAAAAACAAAACAAACUAACAUCUUGCUUCCAAAAGCCAGCAUACCAGAUUUAUUUAAAUACUUUUACAUAAAGCAUUUGGAUGUGAACAUUUAAUAGAUGUGUAUUAAGAGGUACAAAAGGUUUUUCAAGUUUUUAAAACUACACUUUUCAUGACACAAAGUCACUUUCCAGUUUUUAAAUGGAGUAUGUAUGCAUUCAUCAGCAUUUUCAGUUCAUGGAAGUUUCUGUAACAUCUUACUCUGGUACCAUAAAUAAUUAUAUUAUUGCUAAGCAUACAGUUAUCUUGUCCCUCAGCUACUAGUAUACUGAAUUUAAGAAACAUGUAUGUAUAAUUUUUAUUAAUAUAU